UCCGAAACGACACCGCUUCAACCAGCAGCGCUUAAACCCUAAACCCCUGUAAUCCCAAAGAAGAAGAAGAAGACGAAGCUGAAAACAAUUCUCGGAGUAGAAAGAAAUGCUCGCUAUUGCUCGAACCCUUUCUUCUUCCAAAAAGCUGAAACACCCUCUCUUCCUUUCGCUUUCAAUCUUAGCCCAAUCCCUCACAAACCCUUGUUCUUCUUCUUCUUCUUCACUCUCACGAACUCUAAACCCCCAACCUCAAAGCCCUAUCAAACCCCCGCCACUCAAUUCUUUCUGUUAUUUUUCUUCCAUCCCAUCUCUGCCCCUCACCCGCGAUGGAAAUUACGACGAGACCACUACCAACGUUGUGUGCCCCGGCUGCGGGGUCCACAUGCAGGACUCGGACCCGAAACACCCCGGUUUCUUCCUCAAGCCCUCCGAAAAGAGUCCGAGUUAUCGCUCACGUGCCCACCUCUUGCCGGUCGCUCACGAGACCGAGUUUCCUAGCUCGCUCAAGAAGGGCCUUUUAAUCGACCCCGAGACUGCGACCGAGACCGAAAAUGAAACCGAAACGCUCAGUUUCGAGAAGCCGGUGGUAUGCGCGAGGUGCCACUCGCUGAGGCACUACGGGAAGGUGAAGGAUCCGACGGUGGAGAACCUCUUGCCGGACUUCGAUUUCGACCACACUAUCGGACGGAGGUUGGCGUCGACUGGCGGGACCCGGUCGGUGGUUUUAAUGGUCGUGGACAGCGCCGAUUUCGACGGCUCGUUCCCUCGAAAGGUGGCGAAGCUGGUGUCGGCGACGAUCGAGGAGAAUCAGAAGGCGUGGAAGGAAGGAAAGCCGGCGAAUUUGCCGAGAAUGGUGUUGGUGGUGACGAAGAUCGAUCUGCUGCCGAGCACAGUGGGGCCGGUGCGUUUGGAGCAGUGGGUGAGGCGACGAGCGAGAGAGGGAGGGGCCGGCAAGAUAACGAGCUUCCACUUUGUGAGCGCUGUGAAGGACUGGGGGCUGAAGAACUUGGUGGAAGAUGUGGUGGGGCUGGCCGGUCCGAGAGGGUGCGUGUGGGCAGUCGGGGCGCAGAAUGCCGGCAAGAGCACACUCAUCAAUGCGGUUGGAAAGUGUUUGGGAGGGAGAAUUGUGCAUUUGACGGAGGCACCAGUGCCGGGGACGACGCUUGGGAUUGUGAGGGUGGAGGGGGUUUUGCCGGGCAAGACAAAGCUGUUCGACACGCCGGGGCUUUUGCAUCCACAUCAGAUCACGACGAGGUUGUCAAGGGAGGAGCAGAGGCUUGUGCACAUUGGCAAGGAGUUGAAGCCGCGGACUUAUAGGAUCAAGGCUGGUCAUACAAUUCAUAUUGCUGGGCUUAUAAGGCUGGAUAUAGAAGAAUCAUCUGUAGACUCUAUCUAUAUCACAGUUUGGGCAUCUCCUUAUCUCCCACUACACAUGGGAAAAACAGAAAAUGCAGAGACAAUGCUAGAGAAACAUUUUGGUCGUCAGUUGCAGCCACCAAUUGGGGAGAAUCGAGUCGAAGAGCUCGGGAAAUGGGUGAGAAGGGAAUUUUGCGUCUGUGGUGAUAGCUGGGAUUCAAGUUCAGUGGAUAUUGCUGCUUCUGGUCUCGGUUGGUUUGCUGUUGGAAUUAAAGGAGAGGCAGUCUUAGGUGUUUGGACCUAUGAAGGAGUCGAUGUUGUUCUUCGUGCUGCCUUAAUUCCUUAUAGAUCCAAUACUUUUGAAGAUGCAGGGUUUACCGUCUCAAAAAUCGUCUCCAAGGCCGACCAAGCUUCAAAUAAGCAGCGCCAAGAUGCAAAGAGGAAACAGAGUAAUCCAAAAGCAUCUGUAUUGGCUGAAUCACCAUUAUUAACAGCUGAUGCAGACUCAAAUUCUUGUUGACGCGGGCAGCAUUAGUAGAAGAAGAAGAAGAAGAAGAAUAAUGAUCUGACAUUAACACAGAUUGUGAUUGGUGAAAUGACGAGUGAGGAAUAUAUAGUGACGAGUAUGAACUAGGUUAUGAGAGGAAGCUAAAUGGUAGCAACUCUAUCAAGCCCCACAUAUGGAACGGUUGAUGCUUGUUGGCAGAAAGUUUGCAGCAGGAUCUCUUUAUGUUACAAUAUCUGAAAGACGAAAGGAAAUUACAUUUUAAUCUCACAACUAUCGUACAGUGUUAAUAUGGUAGCCAAACUAACUAUUGAAUUAGUCUUUUAAAAAUAAAAAUAAA